AUGGAGCAAGGGAACAUCAAGCAACUGGACAGUGUCACCAGCCUUAUCCAAUGGAGAAGACACAUGGAGGUGGUGAAGUUGGAGCUGCUGGAGCAGGUGCAGGCGCAGCUCAGAGACGUGCUGGACAAGGCCAUGGAGGAGGCUGCACAGUCCUACCUGCAGCCCCACAGGAAGGCCCUGCUGGAGAGAGAGGAUAGGGGGAGAGGCUCCCUGCUGGAGAAGCGGAAGGUGUUCGUCAACCGGCAGUCGCUGCUCGACGAGCUGCUGGAGGUGGAGCACUUCCGAACCUUCUACCACAUAUUCAUCGCCAUGCUCUGUGUCUUCAUCCUCAGCACUGUGGCAGUGGACGUCAUCAACCAAGGGAGCUUAGACCUGGACUUUGACCUCUUUAUCUUUGCUUUUGGGUGUCUGCCCACGGUGCUGGCCACCUGGCUAGUUAUGUUCCUCUACACUCUGCUGGUCCCCUACAAAGCCCUGCAGCUGUGGGCUGGCUCCUACCACACCGUGCGCUUCCCCCGCCUCUUCACUGCCAUCCUCUUGGAGGCGCUGCUGGCCUGUCACGCCGCCGUGCUUGGCUACUACCCCAUCUACACAGUGAUCCAGCACCAGCUCCCAGCUGCAUCCAGGUUCAUCGUCAUCCUCAAGCAGAUCCAGUUCCUGAUGAAAAGCCAUUCGUUCCUGCUGGAGGCCGUGCCCGGCAUCAUCCAUGCCAAGCCACCGGAUGGGGAGAUGAAGCUGCCUGCAUUGUCAACAUACUUGUAUUUUCUGUUCUGCCCCACGCUGAUUUAAAGGGAGAGCUACCCCAGGACUCCCUAUGUCCGGUGGAAAUACGUCGCUCAGAACUUCGCCAAGUUCCUGGGCUGCCUGUUCUAUAGCUAUUUCAUCCUGGAGUGCCUCUGCAUCCCCGUCUUCACCAACAUGAGCAAGCAGCCCUUCAGCAUCAAGACGCUGGUGCUGUCCAUCUUCAAUGCCACCCUGCCAGGGACCUUCCUCCUGCUGCUGUCGUUUUUUGCCUUCCUGCAGUGCUGGCUCAACGCCUUUGCCGAGAUGCUGCGCUUUGCUGACCGGACCUUCUACAAGGACUGGUGGAACUCCACGUCCUUCGCCACCUACUACCGAACGUGGAAUGUGGUGGUUCACGACUGGCUCUGCUACUACGUCUACCAGGACCUGUUCUGGCUCUUCAGAGGGAGGUCCCGGGUCGCAGCCAUGCUGUCUGUCUUCAUCAUGUCCGCCAUCGUCCACGAAUAUGUCAUCACCCUCUGCUUUGGCUUCUUCUACCCUGUCUUGUUCACCCUCUUUGCCAUCUUCGGAGUCAUCUUCAACUUCCUGCUGAACGACAAGCGGAAGGGCUCGAUCUGAAACAUCAUCAUGUGGACCUUCCUCUUCAUCGGCCAGGGCAUCCAGGUGUGCCUGUACUGCCAGGAGUGGUACGCUCAGAUCCACUGCCCACUCGAGCAGAAGACGUUCUGGGGGCUGGUGACGCCACGCUCCUGGUCCUGCCGCAGCUAG